CUCAAUAACUGUAUCCUCUUAAGUAUGAAUCGUCCUUCAUCUCCAUCUGUGUCGUCUUGUAUGUAUUUGUACUACUGAUUCAAGUAGGAUUUGGGAGUUGACUCUUGUCUAUCGAUCUCCCCUUAGACAUAAGAUGGGUGUUAUUAAAGCAGCGAUUGCUGAUGGGUUAUUGACGUUUUUAUGGGUUUUUUGCUCCUCUAAUAUUGGGGUUUCUACUUAUUUCAUAGCUUCUUAUUUUGGUAUUGUCAAUGAAAUUCCAUCCCUUUUCAUCACUACCCUUAUUGUUUUUGUUAUUUUCUUGAUGUUUGAUUUUCUUGGUGAUGUAUUGGGUGGUGCUGGUUUCAAUCCAACUGGAAAUGCUGCCUUUUAUGCUGCUGGUCUUGGUGACGAUUCUCUUGUCUCUGCUGCUGUUCGUUGUCCUGCUCAGGUAGCAGGUGCAGUUGCUGGUUCACUAGCACUCGUGGAGCUUAUACCUAAACACUAUCACCACAUGCUUGACGGGCCUGCUUUGAAGGUGGAUGUACAAACCGGAGCUAUUGCAGAGGGUGUCUUGACCUUCGUAAUCACAUUUAUGAUCUUUGUCAUUGUACUAAGGGGUCCGGAAAGUGUACUUCUCAAGAAUUGGUUGCUCACCAUGGUAACUCUACCAUUGGUACUGGCAGGUUCAAACUUCACUGGACCUUCUAUGAAUCCAGCCAAUGCAUUUGGCUGGGCUUACCUAAGCAAUACACACAAGACAUUGGAACACUUUUAUGUUUAUUGGAUCAGUCCCUUCAUAGGAGCAAUUUUGGCUGCAUGGAUUUUUCGUGUUCUAUUUCCGCCUCCAGUAGAGCAGAAGCCUCAGAAGCAAAAAAGGAACUGAAUAAAAUUGUUCUGCUUCAGUUCAUUCUCCAGCUCCUUUUUUGUUGUUGUAUUGUUCACCAUAAAAUGAUCUAUACCACAUUCAGUAUUCAUGUAAUAUAUAUCAUUUUAUGAAAUUAUAAAAGAUAGUAGUAUUUUUCCCCUUUUA